CCUGUCACCACCACCGCCUCGAUGCCACCGAGAAAACAAAAAGCGUCGCGUAUCGGCUUCCGUUCCGUGACUUUGAUCGCGCGCCCACACGCCAUUUGUCCACCCGCCCCUUAUCCUUGCUUGCUUCCGUUUGCUUCGCCGGUUCGUCUCUACUGCUGCUUCCGUGUGGUCGAAGCAUUUGUUGCUCCCGCUGGCCCCUGUUCUCAAUUCAGUUUUAGGCAAGCAGAGAGGAAGUAUUAACCUUUUUGUGCUUCAUCUCUUGGUGGGAUUGGCCCAUUUCUGUUUCUUGUCACUGCAAAUCUGCCGAGAAAGGGGAGGUUUUGGAGUUCUUGGUCCAAGAAACGAAGGGAAAGGGGAAGAAAAGAAACGAAGGUGUUUGGUUUGAGGGGAGGGAGUAGGCCAUGGGGAAGCCGCCGACCAAGAAGCCUCCAGCGGCGGCGGCGGUGGACGGCGACGAGGCGGUGUUCCUGGAGCUAUCGCGGGAGCUGAAGGAGGAGGGCGUGAGGCUGUUCAACCGGCGGGACUACGAGGGCGCGGCCUUCAAGUACGACAAGGCAAUCCAGCUCCUCCCCCGGGGGCAGCACGUCGAGACGGCGCACCUCCGGGCCAGCGUCGCGCAGUGCUACAUGCGGAUGAUCCCAGGGGAGUACCACCGCGCCAUCCACGAAUGCAACCUCGCGCUGGAAGCGUCGCCCAGGUACACCAGGGCGCUGCUGCGGCGAGCGAGCUGCUUCGAGGCGCUGGGCAGGCCGGACCUGGCGUGGGGAGACGUGGAGAGGGUGCUGAGGUGGGAGCCCGGCAACCGCGCCGCGCAGGAGAUCUCGGAGAGGUUAAGGGCGGCAUUGGAAGAGAAGGGUGGUGCUUUUGCCUUGGACAGGGAGGCUAUGCCGCAGCAGGAGGAGGCUGCCGAUGCAAAAGGAGAGCGUAAAUCUCAUGAGCAUUUCGAUUCUGUCGCGGAGGGGCAGGAGGGGAACCAUGUUGUGCCACCGGAGGAGGAGGCUGCCAGCAAGAAAGGGAACAAUCAAGCAAAACAUCUCGAGGAGAAGAAACUGAAGCAUGGGCAUGACAAGCAAGAGAAGCAGGAUGAUCACACAGAGACAAAUGGGAUAGGAAAUCACCGAAAGUAUCUGGAGGACAAUGGAACCAAUGGGUUGGAGAUGCAAGAAAAUAAUACAGAGAGAAAGCAAGAGAACGAUACUGGCAACAAGCGUGGAAGACACGGUGCAGGAAAGAAAAAGAGGCGCAGUGAGGGCAAGCAGAAAAAGCAUUCUUUUGUGAAGCCAGUGGAUCAUGGUGAGGACAAUCAUUACAAGCAUAUCGAGGAGAACAACAUUGAUGUCAAGGGAGAAGCGAUGAUGGAUGUGAAGUUGGUCUUUGGUGAGGACAUUAGGUGUGCUCAAAUGCCUGCUAAUUGCAGUCUGACGCAAUUGAGAGAAAUAGUUCAGAUCAAAUUCCCAUCUUUGAAGGCAUUGCUGAUUAAGUAUAAAGACAAGGAAGAUGACUUGGUGACAGUAACUUCCUCUGAGGAGCUAAGAUGGGCAACCAACCUGGCAGAUCCGGAAGGGCCCUUGCGUUUAUAUGUUGUAGAGGUUGAUCCUGUGCAAGAGCUUGGUGUGGAUGGGGUCAGGAGACGUCCCUCCUUUGCCUCAUUAGAGAAAAAUCGUUAUAUCAUGUCAGAGAAUGGGAGCAUUUGGCAUGAUGAUGAACAUAAGUAUCAUGUUGAUGACUGGAUGAUACAGUUUGCACAGCUAUUCAAAAAUCAUGUUGGUUUUAAUUCUGAUGCAUAUCUGCAUCUUCAUGACCUUGGCAUGAGAUUGUACUAUGAGGCUAUGGAAGACACAAUAGAAAGUGAAGAGGCGCAGGAAAUAUUUCAAGUUGCAGAGCUCAAAUUUCAGGAGAUGGCAGCACUGGCAUUGUUUAAUUGGGGGAAUGUCCAUAUGUCUCGUGCAAGAAAAAAGCCAUGCUUGCCUGAAGAUGCUUUAUUGGACUUUAUACUUGAGCAAGUUAAGGUUUCAUACGAAUGGGCAUGUAGGGAAUAUGUCAAAGCUGGUGCAAUGUUUGAGGAAGCUGUAAAAACAAAAUCUGACUUUUUUGAAGGUCUUAUCGCACUUGGCCAGCAGCAGUUCGAGCAGGCCAAGCUCUCUUGGUAUUAUGCUCUUGCAUGCAAGAUAGACAUGGGAACUCAAGUUUUGGAAUUGUUCAACUAUGCAGAGUAUAGUAUGGAAAAGGGAAUGGACAUGUGGGAAAGAAUGGAAAGUUUGCGAUUGAGGGGGCUGUCUAAACCAAAGAAGGAGAAGGUCAUACUGGAAAAGAUGGGCUUAGAAGGUUUUAUGAAGGAUAUGUCGGCGGAUGAAGCAUUUGAACAAGCUUCAAGUAUACGAUCACAUAUAAAUAUUUUGUGGGGUACCAUCCUUUAUGAACGUUCAGUAGUGGAAUUCAACUUGGGACUUCCUAGCUGGGAGGAGACACUGACAGUGGCCAUGGAAAAAUUUAAGAUAGGAGGUGCCUCUCUUGCAGAUAUCAAUGUGAUUGUAAAGAACCAUUGUGCUAAUGAAACCACCCAAGAAGGACUGAGUUUUAAGGUUGAGGAGAUAGUUCGAGCAUGGAAUGAAAUGUACGAUGCUAAAAAGUGGAGAAGUGGAGCCCUGCCAUUCCGCCUUCAACCAAUAUUCUGGCGUAGAGCUCCAAAGUUACAUCAUAUACUGGAGCACAUACAUUACGCGUGACUCCUAACUACUACAAUACGUAGGCAUUAUAGUCAUGGAGACAAUGACAUGUUUUCAUGUUGUAUCAGGGUGUUGAACGACUGUAAUCUGGGGAGCAGCACGAGCAAGAACAAACUAGUAGGAGCAGUAAUGGAGGGGAUUGGGACAUGAGUCAGUGAAAUCAAUGGGGACAGUAGUUAUCCAAAUGUGGGGUUUGUUUAUCUUGGAGCUGUGCUGCACUUACUCGUGGCAAAAAAGAGGGGGAAAACCCUCUGGAGUAUCAAGUCAAGGAUUUGCUCCUUCUCAAAAAAAGAAAAAAAGAGUCAAAGUUUGCUGACCUUAAGGGUUCCUAAAUGAAAAGAUAAAAAGCACCGAGUGUUUGCUGACCAUGUAGCAUGCCUUUUGGUGUGAGGUUUCCUGCCUUGUGUGAUCAUGUAGAUGGUGCUAUAUUUCCUUUCUAGAGGGAGAUAUGCAUAUUAUUGCACUUCCUUCUGUUUUACUCAUGGAAGUGCUACAAGGGUCUGUACUCUUAGAUCACAAUAGGAAUUGGUAUAGUUUUCUUGUAUUUUACUUACGGAGUUUCAGUAGCUCACCCAGGGCGUGUGUUAAUUCUAGGUCAUACUUGAUGAAGGUCUAAUACAGAGCAGAAUGUUUGUGAUCCAAAA